UUUCUUAAGAGUUUUAUAGAUUAAAAAAAAAAAACAAAAAAAACGUGUUUGUCUCAUUGAAAAUAAAACGAAACUCUGCCUAGAUGUAUCCAAAAGUUACAAUGUUAAAAAAGUAAAUAGGACCUCUCCAGGCUUGGGCCUAAGUCAUGGCAACAUGGCUAAAUGCACCAAGGUCGGGAUCAUGAGUAAAUACAGGAGCUGCUAUGGUGUCUCCCUUUGGAAAAUGGUGAAGAAAAUUGAAAUCAGCCAGCACACCAAGUAUGCUUGUUCUUUCUGUGGCAAGACCAAGAUGAAGAGACAGACUGUUGACAUAUGGCACUGUGGUUUGUGCAUGAAAACAAUGGCUAGUGGGGUCUGGACCUACAACACCACCUCUGCUGUCACAAUCAAGUCUGCCAUCAGAGACUGAAGGAACUGAAAGACCAGUACAAUCACUGCCUUUUGGAACAUCCCCAGCCUACAAUGAAUGGGUUAAUUUAUGUAACAAAAAAUAAAAUAGGGGCUGCCGAGAUGGCUCAGCAAUUCAGAGCAUGUACUGUUGCAGAGGAUAUGAGUUUGAGUCCCAGCACCCAUGUCGGGCAGGUCACAACUGCCUGAAAUGCCAGCUGCAAGGGAUCCAAUGCUGCCUUCCAGCCUUUUCUCUACAGGCACCUGCACUCAU